CAUACACAAGGAAAAAAAUCAAUCAUGGAGGAGGGAACUUUGAACUCUUCAAAACAAGAACUGACACUCGAAAGUCUUUUUCCAAACGUGUCCUCUGUUCUAACACUGCAAGGUUUCAAUUUGCCUCCUCAAAGUGUUGUUCCGGCGUUUCUGUUUGCAAGUCUGAACUACAUGCUGAUCCUGUUCUGCAACCUGGUGCUUCUCUUCACCAUCCUGUUCAACAAGAGCCUCCACCAGCCCAUGUACCUUCUCCUCCUCAACCUGCCCAUCAACGACCUCAUCGGCACCACCGCCCUGUUCCCGCAGGUCAUCCACGAGCUUGUGUUGGACUCAAGGCGGAUACCGUACAAUGCCUGCAUCACCCAAGCCUUCUUCAUCCACAUCUACAGCGCCAACUGCAUCUUCAUUCUAACUGCCAUGGCGUAUGACCGAUACGUGGCCAUCUGCCGCCCACUGCGGUACCAGAGCAUCAUGACACACGCGCACGUCAUGCGGAUCAUCAUGCUGGUCUGGUUGUGUUGUUUUCUUGUCAUCGGUGUGCUGUUUUUCUUGCUCUUGCGCUUGCCACGCUGUGGGUCGCGGAUGCCACACGCCUACUGUGACAAUCCGUCCCUCCUGAAGCUGAGUUGUGUUGACACCACCAUCAACAACAUCUACGGGCUGGCCCUGGUGGCCGUGACUCAGGUGGUGGCCUUGGGCAUCAUCUUCUGCACCUACAUCCAGAUCCUGGUCGCCUGUUUCAGGAGUAAAAAGGCAGAGACCAAGAGCAAAGCUCUGCAGACGUGCGCCACACACCUGAUUGUGUUUCUCCUUCUGGAGUGCUUGGGCCUCUUCACCAUCAUAUCCUAUAGGAUACCCAACCUCUCCGCCCAGACCAGGAGGUUCAUCGGGGUGUCCACCAUGAUCUUCCCCCCAACCGUAAACCCCAUAAUAUACGGCCUGAAGACCAAUGAAAUCAUGGGCUUUGUGCAAAAGGGGCUAAAUAAACUUCUCAUUUGGAGUGUGCAGGCUUCUUUCCUAAAUGGCUUGGAGAGGGCUAUAGUAUUCAUGCAGUGA